AUCUGGCACCAUUUCACAUUCAUAAUCUCACAUGAAAAUAAUGGUUGUCAUUUUAUUUAUAAACCACCCUAUAUGUCAUCCGUGGUUGUUGUGUGUGCGCGCAUGAAUAUAAAGUGGAAUACCUUGUGUAGCAUUUCCAACAAACUAGGUUCAAGUACAACACAUGGUGGCGCUCCGAGCUAAGGCUGAGAAACAGACCUGAGGGUGAUUACUGUUCCCGCACUCAUAUACAGAUCUAAGAGAGAGGGUUCUUAACGGAAUUACCUUGCAGCAAGGAUUGACUCCCAGAGCCGACUGACUGCAGACCCAACAGGCACCCAGACCCUAAAGACUUUUGGCGUUGGAGAAAUGGAGGCUGAAGAGCGCUUUCCUACACUAAGGCAAGUCCUGUUUCUGUUUGUUUUGCUGGCUCAGACUUGGGCGGAGCGGGAAGGUUACAGUAUUGCAGAAGAAACAGAAAGUGGUUCUUUUGUGGCGAAUCUAGCAAAGGACAUAGGUUUAGAGGUUAGAGAACUGUCUUGGCGAAAGGCUCGGGUCAUUUUUAACAACAACAAAAAACAUUUUCAGCUGAACCUUCAGAACGGAGAUUUACAAGUAAAUGAGAAACUGGAUCGGGAAGAUCUGUGCGGCCCCACUGAGCCUUGUGUGCUGCAAUUCCAGGUGUUAUUGGAAGACCCUUUGGAGGUAUAUAGGUUUAAGCUUUUGGUCAGUGACAUAAAUGACAAUUCACCUGUGUUCCCAGAAGCAGAAAUGAUUUUGAAAAUUAUGGAAAAUACUCUUCCAGGGACUGUGUUUCCCCUGAAAAAUGCACAAGAUUUGGAUGUAGGCAUCAAUAACAUUCAAAACUACAUCAUCUCCCCAAACUCCCAUUUCCACGUUCUUACCCGAAAUGGCAGUGAAGGCAGAAAAUACCCAGAGCUGGUUCUGGACAAAGCCCUAGACAGAGAAGAGCAGCCCGAGCUCAGGUUAACUCUCAUGGCAGUGGACGGCGGAGCUCCUCCCCGAACUGGCACCGCCCUGGUCCUCAUUGAUGUCUUGGAUAUCAACGACAAUGCCCCUGCGUUUGUGCAGCCGCUCUAUCAUGUGCAAAUGCUGGAAAACAGUCCUCUGGGAUCCCUUGUUGUCACUGUUUCCGCUAGAGAUUUAGACACGGGAAUAAACGGUGAAGUAUUCUACUCUUUUUUUUAUGGUGAUGAGGAGAUUAUUAGGACAUUUGCACUUAAUGAACUCACAGGAGAAAUUAAAAUAAUUAAGAAACUAGAUUUUGAAAAAAUUGUGUCGUAUGAGGUGGAUAUUAAAGCCUCUGAUGGGGCAGGUCUUUCUGGAAAAUGCACUGUCAUAAUACAGGUAGUGGACAUAAACGACAAUGCCCCAGAACUGACGGUUGCUUCACUUAUAAGCUCCAUCCCAGAAAAUUCCCCAGAGACCACGAUAGCUCUUUUCAGUGUUCAAGACCGAGACUCCGGGGAAAAUGGAAGGAUGGUAUGUUCCAUCCAGGAAAAUGUUCCUUUCACGCUGAAACCUUCCGUUGAGAAUUUCUACAAGGUUGUAACAGAAGGACCGUUGGACAGAGAGAGUAGAGCCGAGUAUAACAUCACCAUCACCGUCACCGACUUGGGGACCCCCAGGUUGAAAACCCAGCACAACAUAACCGUGCUGGUCUCCGACGUCAACGACAACGCCCCGGCCUUCACCCAAACCUCCUACACUCUGUUCGUCCGCGAGAACAACAGCCCCGCCCUGCACAUAGGCAGCGUCAGCGCCACAGACAGAGACGCGGGCGCCAACGCCCAGGUCACCUACUCGCUGCUGCCGCCACAGGACCCGCACCUGCCCCUGGCCUCCCUGGUGUCCAUCAACGCCGACAACGGGCAGCUGUUCGCCCUGAGGGCGCUGGAUUACGAGGCCCUGCAGGCCUUGGAGUUCCGCGUGGGCGCCACGGACCGCGGCUCCCCUGCGCUGAGCAGCCAGGCGCUGGUGCGCGUGCUGGUGCUGGACGCCAACGACAACUCGCCCUUCGUGCUGUACCCGCUGCAGAACGGCUCUGCGCCCUGCACCGAGCUGGUGCCCAGGGCGGCCGAGCCGGGCUACCUGGUGAGCAAGGUGGUGGCGGUGGACGGAGACUCGGGCCAGAACGCCUGGCUGUCGUACCAGCUGCUCAAGGCCACGGAGCCCGGGCUGUUCGGCGUGUGGGCGCACAACGGCGAGGUGCGCACGGCGCGGCUGCUGAGCGAGCGCGACGCGGCCAAGCACAGGCUGGUGGUGCUGGUCAAGGACAACGGCGAGCCGCCGCUGUCGGCCAGCGUCACGCUGCACGUGCUGCUGGUGGACGGCUUCUCGCAGCCCUACCUGCCGCUCCCGGAAGCGGCGGCCGACCCGGCCCAGGCCGACCCGCUCACGGUCUACCUGGUCAUCGCGUUGGCGUCGGUGUCGUCGCUCUUCCUGUUCUCGGUGCUGGCGUUCGUCGCGGCGCGGCUGUGCAGGAGGGUCAGGGCCGCCUCGCUGGGUGGCUGCUCGGUGCCCGAGGGCCACUUUCCGGGCCACCUGGUGGAUGUCAGAAGCAGUGGGUCCCUGUCCCAUAGGUACCAGUAUGAGGUGUGUCUGAGCGGAGGGUCAGGGACCACCAGCGAAUUCAAGUUCCUGAAGUCUGUUACCUCUAACCCUCAAGAGUCUGUGAAUAAUGUGGAGGAAAACUCAAACUUUUUAAGUGGUUUUGUAUUCAAUUAAGAAUUUGUUAAUUUUUCAGAUCAUUCAAGAUGAAGGUUAGUUCUACUAAAUA